CACGUUCGCUCACUCUCUCGCAACUUCCCUGCUCCGAGGAAACUUCGCUUCUACUGCGUCGCAUCACUUCAGCUCGAUGACAACCACACCACGCCACCACUACCUGCCACAGCUCAACGCUCGACAGCCUCAUCAUCACUAACAGUACACCAGCCGCGCGCUGGUGCGAUAAGCCGCAGCGCGCGAGAGCGAGACAGACAGGGGCGAGCUAGCUUUGCGUAGCCGGUGGAAAGGCGAAGAGCAGAGGAGAGCGCGCGGCGGCUAGCAUGGGGGUCGGGAUCAGGAUCCUGGUGGCGUUCUUGGCGCUCGCGGCCGCCGGCGUCGUCACGACGCGGUGCGCCGCGCAGCUCCGGCAGGACUACUACGCCGCGGUGUGCCCCAGCGUGGAGAGCAUCGUGCGCGACGCCGUGUCCAAGAAGGUCCAGGAGACGCCCAUCGCCGUGGGCGCCACGCUGCGCCUCUUCUUUCACGACUGCUUCGUCGAGGGAUGUGACGCGUCGGUGAUCAUGGUGUCGACGGGUAACAACACGGCGGAGAAGGACCACCCGAGCAACCUCUCCCUAGCCGGCGACGGCUUCGACACGGUCAUCAAGGCGAAGGCGGCCGUCGACGCCGUGCCGCAGUGCACGAACCAGGUGUCGUGCGCGGACAUCCUCGCCAUGGCCACCCGAGAUGUCAUUGCCCUGGCUGGCGGGCCGUCGUACGCGGUGGAGCUCGGGAGGCUGGACGGGCUGAGCUCGACGUCGACCAGCGUCGACGGGAAGCUGCCGCCGCCGUCGUUCAACCUGGACCAGCUGACGUCGUUGUUCGCCGCGAACAACCUGUCGCAGGCAGACAUGAUUGCUCUAUCUGCGGCGCACACGGUGGGGUUCGCGCACUGCAGCACGUUCUCGGACCGCAUCCAGCCGGCGUCGGUGGACCCGACGAUGGACGCCGGGUACGCGUCGGAGCUGCAAGCGGCGUGCCCCGCCGGCGUGGACCCGAACGUCGCGCUGGAGAUCGACCCCAUCACCCCGCACGCCUUCGACAACCAGUACUUCGUCAACCUGGUGAACGGGAGGGGCCUCUUCACCUCCGACCAGGUGCUCUACUCCGACACCCGCUCGCAACCCACCGUCGUCGCCUGGUCGCAGAACAGCUCCGACUUCGAGCAGGCCUUCGUCGCCGCCAUGACCAACCUCGGCCGCGUGGGCGUCAAGACCGACCCGUCCCAGGGCAACAUACGCCGCGACUGCGCGUUCCUCAACUGAUCCUCCGAUCCAUGCGCGUGUCUCUGAACUCUGAACUCCGCAGCGUAGCAGUAACAACAUGCUAUCUCAAUUGUUCAUAGUUGGUUGGUAACUUGGCGCCGGUUAUGAAGCUGAAGUUACACAUAGACAUUAGAGUACAAGUUUAAUCAUAAGCCUAGUGUCAAAAAGAUUUGUUUGAUCGAUAGUGGUGGAGUAUUAAUUGGGCACUCAUGUUCAAAAUUUUUUUC